CUCAAGACUUCUAUGCUCGCAAAUUCACGAGUGCGGGAACAUGGCUACUUCCAAUGUACAAGCAGCAGUUCUGCUUCUCCCCGUAUCCGGUGAGCGUUGCUCGCACGCCUUAAUGGCGAAAGCACACACAAAAGCGCGCCGAAGGGUGCCAGGGAAGCGGAGCAGCAAGGCAGUCACCAAGAGGCAGCAAAAGAUCAAGAAGCGCCACGACAAACGAAAGGCUCGGGCGCACAAGGAUGUGGAUGCGCUGGCCGAUCGGCUUACCAAUGUGGCAGGCCCUGUAGCAAAGACGGUCAAGGCAGUCACCAGGGCGCAGGAUGAUGACAUGAACGCUGUGAAGGCUCCGGCUGCGCCCCGAGAGGACUUGAAGAAGAAGCUGCGGGCCAAGCUGGCAGGCCAUGCCCUGGACCGCACCCAGGGCCUGGAGAAGGGCUUGGCAGACCAUGGGGGGCUGAAGAAGAGAACUCCAGGAAGCCGCCGCGAGAUGGAUGAAAGCUAGAAGCCUUUGGCGUGCCUGCUGCUGGAGAUCCACGCGCCUGCGCAGUUUCCCAGUAAGACGCUCUUUGUUGCAUGAUGGCUGUGGCUUGCAGCGGCUUGAGUGGAUAUAUUGGCUGAGGCGUGCCAUGUCAGCGACAAAGGGUUUCAAAACGGGCAAGCCAGGCAAGCUAUGUUUCUCACGCACUCGGGAGGGCGC